AGUUGAUCGCAAGUCACUUUUCAGAUUGACAAUAAUAGGAAGAGAUCUGCAGAAUAUUCAAAAUGCUUAUUAAACUACUUUUAAUUGCCGCACUAUGCUUCUGGAAUUGUGGACUUUCUGAGGAACAAAGUAUAGUUAAGCAACCAUAUCCCAAUGACUGUCGAAGGUUUACCGAGACCCGUCUGCUGAGCUGCCCACCGGAAUUUUAUUGGAACAAUCUGCUCCAGGAAUGCCAGCUGCAACCUAUUGGUAGUUGCAACAUCAAACUUCCUGUGAAUGAAUUACCAUUAAGACCUCCGCCACCCACAAGGAAUCCAGAAAAUUUAUCUGAACUCUGCCAUAAAAAAAUGGGACAUUUUGUUCCGUAUCCUGGCGACUGUACUCGCUUUGUUCAAUGCGAUUACCUUCCCUUCGUCAAGAUCUGCCCCGAAUACCUAUACUGGAACUCCAAGCUACUCACCUGCGACAAAAUCUGUGUUUAAAAGCAUAAAGUGGUUUGGUUUUGGUUUUGGUUUGUUAUUAAAUAUUAAUUACAGUUGCAAAUCGUACAAAAUAUUAAGGAAA